UUAUUGUUUUGGACAUGUAGCAGACUAUAAAUUUUUAAAACCAAGGGAAGCUAUUUAAGAAAAAACUGAUAUUUUCAAGUUCCAGUGUUUCAAAGUUCAUUUGGUAAAAAUCUCUUCCCAAGUGUGGUCAAUGCAAGAGGGUUAAUAAAAACAGGAGAUCAGAAUGUUAGGCAGGCUAAGAAUAAAAAUGGUGUUACCUUUAAUUUCUACAGUUAGGCCAUGGCAUUUAAAUCUAAGUAGUUCAAAGAACAUGCUCAAAAAGGGUUUAUUGUCUGCUAGAGCAAUGAGUGGAAUGGUAGACUACAAAUUUGAAACACUUAAAGUCACCAGUCCAGGAGAGUUUAUCAAACAGGUGGAACUUAAUCGUCCAGAAAAGAGAAAUGCGAUGAAUACAGCUUUUUGGAAAGAAAUAAUUACAUGUUUUAACCAACUGGCUGUUGACCAGGAUUGUCGUGUGGUUAUUUUAUCUGGCUCUGGGAAGAUGUACACUGCUGGUUUGGAUUUGAUGGACAAUGAGGUAUUUACAAAACUGAUGGCACACUCAGGAGAUGUUGGAAGAAAAGCAUUUUUAAUAUCUGAGUCACUACAAAGUUUACAAGAUUCAUUUAAUGUCAUUGAAAGGUGCCCCAAACCAGUGAUUGCUGCCGUGCACAAUGCAUGUAUUGGUGGAGGUGUGGACAUGAUAUCUGCCUGUGACAUACGUUACUGUACACAGGAUGCAUGGUUUCAGAUUAAGGAAAUAGACCUAGGUCUGGCAGCAGAUCUUGGAACUCUGCAGAGGUUUCCAAAAAUCAUUGGGAAUGACAGCCUUUUCAGAGAGCUGACUUACACUGCAAGAAAAUUUGUAGCUGAUGAAGCCAAAUCAAUGGGUUUUGUCAGUCGUAUCCUGCCAGAUAAAGACGCAUUAGAACAAGCAGCUGUUGAACUUGCUAAAGUAAUUGCAUCUAAAAGUCCUAUCGGUGUCCAAGGGUCAAAGGUCAAUAUUGUAUAUUCAAGAGAUCAUGGAGUGGAACAAGGACUGAAUUACAUGAAAGCUUGGAAUGCCGCCAUGCUUCAAUCAGAAGACCUGACCAAAGCGCUGACUGCUGCUGUACAGAAAGCAGAACCUGUCUUUUCAAAACUUUAACUGUGAUGGUUGCCUUGUCAUUUUCUUUUUGUUACUGUUAUUUUAUACCAUGGUAUUUCUAAGAUGCCAGUGUAAAUAUUUACAUACAAAGUUCCAAAGCCGAUCACACAUAGCAGAAAAUUAAAAACUCCAGAUUUUCAUCGGGCGCUACGACCGUUUCACACAGAAACAAACCGAAAGUACUAUUUUACUCGUUGCCAUUCUACUCUAAUAUGUAUGAGUCAUUUUGUAUUCCUACGCAUAAAAUUUGAAAUAUUCAUGUUUUAGUGACGACCUUCCUUGUGAUAUUUUUUUGCCUGUGACUGCAGCACCUGCUAGUGUAAUGACCAUAUUUUAUGUUUUGAUCCAAUUUUAAUAAUUAAAAUAAAUAUUUUACACUU